UACAUCGUGGUCGACACGCUGGGGCGCGGCAGUUUUGGCAAGGUCAAACUCUGUCUAAACACCGGCGACGACACGCUUUAUGCCGUCAAGGUGGUCAAUACGCGAGCGGUGAGUGGGACCAGCGUGGAUGGAGUCCCAACAUCCGACUUGCGUCGUGAGGUGGAGGUCAUGCGCAGCCUAAACCACCCCAACCUGUGCACAUUGUACGAGGUUAUUGAGGAUGACGAGGGCGGCAAAGUGCUCCUAGUGGUGGAAUACUGCGAGGCGGGGGCGCUGGUAGUGCCGGGGGCGCUCACCCCCGACUGCAACCUCCCCGAGGCCAUGGCCCAGUACUACUUCCGCCAGAUGGCGGCUGGACUUGCCUAUUUGCAUGCCAACCAUGUGGUGCACGGCGAUGUGAAGCCAGAGAAUGUGAUGCUGAGCGGCAGUGGCACCGUCAAGAUUGGCGACUUUGGCCAGAGCCAGUUUUUUGACCGGCGCGACACCUUCAACCGCACUCUGGGCACCCCCGCCUACUUGGCCCCCGAGGUGUGCGCCGGCGAGACUUACCGUGGACGGCAGGCCGAUGUGUGGGCGCUGGGCGUCUCGCUCUACCUCUUCAUCUUUGGGGAGAUGCCCUUCAAGGGUGACAGCGUGCUGGAACUGUAUGAUGCGGUGGCCGCCCAGGAGGUGCCGUAUCCACGCUCCAAGCCCAUCUCCCACGAGCUGCAAGACCUCUUCUUACGCCUACUUCAUAAAGAUCCCCGUCACCGCAUCACAGCCGCAGAGGUGCACGCUGCUGUGUGGCAGGGUGUGCUAUCACAGACUAUCAUGCAGGGCAGCACCCCAAGAUCCCGCCCUGACACACCAGUGCCCACCCCUGAAACGGAUCCUCCUCCUCCCCCUUUUGCCUGCCGUGCAGGUGAUGCAGCACCCCUGGGUUAG